AUAAUCUCGCUCUGAGAGUCGGGUUUUCGUCGUUGGUCGAUCCGCGGCAAUAUUGCAGCGAAUCGUCGAGACUAAUUGUGUGUUUUCCACUUGAAAUUCUGUCAGUUGGUCAGAGGAUGGCGAGCCAAACGCAGGGGAUCCAGCAGCUUCUGGUUGCGGAGAAGAGAGCAGCCGAAAAAGUUGCAGAGGCUAGAAAGAGAAAGGCGAGAAGGAUUAGACAAGCAAGAGAAGAGGCGCACGCAGACAUCGAGAAGUACAGAGGUGAAAGAGACAAAAUUUUUAAGGAGUUCGAGGCCAGACAUUUGGGAUCAAGGGAAGGCGUGAUGCAGAGGAUCGAGGAAAACACGGAAAUACACAUGCUGAAGAUGGAGGAGAUGGUCGAGAACAACAAAGAUAAAAUUCUGGAUGAACUAAUCGAGUUGACCUGUAACAUCAAAGCUGAAGUGCACAGGAAUUAUUUCGUGGUGAAUCCAAAGAAACCCAGGAAGGAGGAUUGAAUGGAAAGAAAAAAAAACUAAACGAGAUGGCGUGUUCACUUUGAGCAUAAUUUAUUUAUUUCAAAAAUAAUAUUUAAACAAAAAAAAAACAAAUAAUAAUACAAAUAAUUAUAUCUAUAUAUAGAUAGAUGUACGGAAUUGAACAAAAUUAGUAUAGUUUCAUCUUUAAAUGAUAACAUAGUGAGGAGAGGAAGGAAUGAUACAAAUAAAAACGUCCCUGUUAAUAUUUUA